AAAGUUCUACAAAACAAGAGGUGACAAGAAUAUUUUAUUUUAUCAAAUACUUAAUGAAAUCGCGUAAACAAACAAAAGUUAUCGAGAGAAGAGAGAAAAAAAUUGUAAUCUAUUUAGGGACGGAGGGAGUAAUUCUUACCAAUGACAGGAUGCUUGGAGACGUUAACCCAAGCCGACGCCAAUAAGCACUCUUCCUCCGGCGUCCACUUUUGGAUUGACCAUGCCGCCUCGGUCGUCGUGCCUUUUGUUUUGUGGCUUUCCCGGUCAGUUCCCCCUUUUACCAUCAUGAUUGUCUGUGAUUCUGACUCAGCUUCCCCGUCGUCCAAUUCUAGUCAAGUCGAUCACUCGGCCUCUGGCCAUGACCAAGGGCUCCCAUCCUUUCGUUGCAUUUCGUGUCCCCAAUCCAAUGCCACUCUCUUAUCCAUCACCUGGAACCUCAGUGGCCAAGGGACCUUCGAGAUUAAGAAGGUGGUGACCAAGGAAUCUCUAGCCGCGUUGGGGUUUGGGUUUGUCAAAGACGAGCAUCGCCAUCAGCCUGACCUACUAAGGGACUUCCCUGGGGGAAGUGCUGACAGUGGCCCCUUUGAGGGGUUAGAAGAAGAGAUGGAGAGUGAUCUCUUGAUCGGCCACUUCAUCGCAGGGAGAAAAAGGAAGAGGGAUGCAGCUCAUCAGACCAGGAGCAAGUGUUCUUCCUCGCACAGUGAAGAUGGCCCCCCGCAGGAACAGGUUGUGAUCGAGGUGCAAGAUCACGACGGCGCGGCUCCGAAAAUGGGAAUGACGGUGAGUGACCUAGCAGGAUCGUCUCAAAGGGCCCUCUCGGAGCGACCUCCCUCCCCACCUGUAGUGACCUACGAGGUGGCAACCGAGUGCCGCUCGACAAGGUUUAGCAUUCCUCCCCUAUCCCCAAGCCACGCUGGGAUGAUCGAGCUCAUCGGCUGGAGGCAAGAUCGACAAGCGGCUAUGGAUGAGGCGAAGAAGGCUGCGGAAGAUAAGCAGAGGGAGCUGCAGAAUGAGGUCGCUUGCCUUGCGAGAGAGUUGGAGGAGGAGAAAGGUUGCUCUGCAAACCUGGAGGUGGAGAACGCCUCUCUAUCUUCUGAAAUGGGGUCCGUUUCUACCCAAGUGGCCGAGCUAGAAGGAGAGAAGGUCGAUUUGAUCCAGUAGUUGGAGGUCGAGAGGAGCAAGCAGGCCUGUCGCCUGGAGGAGGCGAUUGAGUCCUUCAAGUCUUCCCUCGAGUUUACUGCGGUCGCUAUGGAGUAGAUGGGCAAGAUGGCGGUCGAGUGGCUCAAGAUCGGGCCUGGAGCUCAAUGGAUGGUCGGGAAUCAGAGAAGACCUUCAACUACGGACUCUUUCGAGCCCAACUAGUUUUCCGCGACAAGCUAGCUCGGCUUCCCAAAGGAAUCUCCCUUCCUGACCUUGGCCUUCCCCCUCCUUGUCGCGCCUUUGCUGAGUUCGAC